AUGAGCUACUACAGCAACUACUAUGGUGGCCUGGGCUAUGGCUAUGGCUCUGGUUAUGGCUGUGGAUGUGGCAGCUUCCGUGGCCUAGGCUAUGGCUUUGGUGGCUAUGGCUUUGGAGGCCUGGGCUAUGGCAGCUACAGAGGCCUAGGCUAUGGCGGCUAUGGCUGUGGUGGCUUUGGCUGUGGCAGCUACCACCCAUCUUUCUUUGGAAGGUAUUCUUCCUAUGGCUUCUAUUGA